UCUAGCUUCAAGUGACAGCAAGGUUGAGCGUUGGUAGCAAAGCUGCAGUUGCAACAGUGCUUUAUCUACAGUUUCUACAGCUGUCUCGGUGUAGUAUCUGAAGAACAGCAUGGGGGUCUAUCAAAUGUCUAAAUAUUUUGCCUACUGAGAUGAGUAGUGUUGUCAUUCGUGAACUGCCUCUCCCUUUGGUUGCAGUUCAAAACAUGCAUAAUGAUAACAUGCUGGCCAAAAAAUCCGCACACGAUAUACAGAAAAUCUGAGUAAAGUGGACAAAGAACAUCCCACAGUAUAAAGAACUCAACACAGGCUUCCCUGGAAACUAUUAUUUUGGGAGAUCAGUCACAGGAGUCAGUGUGAGAAAGGUUAUGAAAAAGAACUUUGAACGCUGGUGGAUUACACAGCUCUGCUUUCCAGAUACUGCCAGACCUUUACACAGUUCUCUCUUCAAAGAACUUAAAUAUUCCUGAAUUCUAAUGUGGGACAGGAAGGAAAUAUAAGAGGACUGUUUGUUUAUUUUUUUAAGCAAGAAAACCGGAAAGAAGAAAAAGACAAUAACAGCACUUCUCCAUUCACAAAAUGGCUGAAUGUUUACCUAGCAGCACACCAGAGCCUAUCUGUGGCCUUUGCCUAAGUGUCAGCAAAGUGCCCGUGAUGCUCAUCUGUUGGCAUCCCUUCUGUCUGAAAUGCAUAGAAAACUUCUGGCACCAAAACUCUGCAUACAAUCACUCUUGUCCAAUAUGCAUGCGGGUAGCUACAUCCCCUGAUCUACCUGUACAUCAGUCUGCACCUGUACUUUGUGAUGUGUGUGUGGGGAACAAACAGUCAGCUGAGAAGACAUGCCUGACAUGUAUGGCAUCUUUCUGCGCCAUCCAUAUUCAGCCCCAUUUCAGCACAGAGACAUUGCGCAAUCACAAGCUUUCAGAACCACUUGAGAACCUGACAAAGAGCUCGUGUUCUGAGCACCACAAGCUACUGGAGAUGUUCUGCAAGAACUGUAAGGUUUGCAUCUGCAGUCUCUGCCCUAUCUUUGGAAAGCACAAGAACCACAGCAUUAGCAUCAUAGAGCAAGAAGUGGAGGAAAAAAAGAAUGUUGUCAAGAACAUCCUUAAGACAUUACAUUACAAGAGGAAUCUGGAAAUUCACAACAUCAAAAAGAUGGAGCAAGGAAUAGUAGAUGUCAGGGCUAGUGCUGUAGACAGUAAAGCAUGGCUGGCAGGAAAAUUUACUGACCUCCGACUUCUGAUUGAUGAAGAAGAAACUUCAGCCAAAGAAGUCAUUGAGAAAGAAAGCCAAUGUGCAAUUGAAAUCUUUGAUAAACAAAUAGUCAGCUGUCAAGAUAGAGUGGAGGUAAUGAACAGCUUUGAAGAGAAACUACGCCAGAUAGAGCAACAAUCAAACCAAGUCAAGCUACUACAGGAUGUUGUAGCAGCGGAAAAGGAAAUUCUACUACAUCAGAAACCAGCAGAAGAACUACAUCCAGUCCCAUUAACAUUUGAAAAGAUAAGAAAGUAUGCUGACCACUUUGUAGAAACCAUUCAAUCAACUGUGCGUAAACCACUGAAUAAACGGCUUCAGGAAGGAAAUAUAAAUGGCCCAAGAGCUUCAUCUUACCAAGACCCUGCAUCAGUGGUGAAGUUAAAGCUUCCAGAGGAAAGGCAUCUUUUUCUGAGAUAUGCCAGGUCUCCAACCCUAGAACUUGACUCACUGCACCCUAGACUAAAGUCAUCUGAAGAUCGUCAGACAGUGAGUUGUACUUGGAUUCGGAAAUUCUUUUGUGAUACUCCUCAGCAGUUUGAAACAUUGUGGCAAGCAUUAAGUAAGGACUCCUUUUAUGCUGGGUGUCACUACUGGGAGCUUGACCUACUGAAUACAGGUAAAGGCUGGUGGGUAGGAGCAGCUUACCCUUCUAUUAAAAGGAAAGGAGAUACUGAAUCUUCUCGUCUAGGUUGGAAUAAAGCAUCAUGGUGUAUAAAAUGGUUUGACACAGAGUGCUGGGCAUUUCACGAUGGGGAAAAGAAGCCUAUACGUGUUAAAAGUAGACCAGAAAGAGUUGGUGUCUUUUUGGACUAUGAAGCUGGAAUCUUGUCUUUCUAUGAUGUGCGGCAAGGAAUGCAACAUUUAUAUACAUUUCAUUCUAAGUUUACUGAACCUCUGUACCCAGCUUGCAGACUAUGGGAUGGAGCAAUUACGUUUUGCAAGCUAACAUGAUAAUAAUGACCACUACUCACAAUGGGAGUAUGAAUUCUGUAUAAUAAACAAGUUACUACUUAAAUUUAAUACUGUGAGCUGACUCCAUGGAAGAAAAUCAUUAAAAUGAUAUCUAUAGGAUGUUAUUUAAUCUUAUUAGUUUACUAACAUAUAGAGCUGCAAUGGGGAUAUACAGUGUAAUUGUUUUUUUUUUCCAAAUAGGUAUUUUCAAUUUCAUCUAAUCUAUGUGAAAAAAAAUUAAAUCUGUACAAGGAAACUGUUAAGUGACACAAGCACAAGUAACUGCAGUCAACAAUGUGAGAAAAUAAGUCUUAAGAUUUUACAGCACAUUGUGGAAAGUCUUAUCAAUACUGUCUGAUCAGUACAUGACCUGCUUUUCAGUUCAUUUUAAUAAAAUAUGUAUAUAUAAGCCAUUCAUAAAUGUUUUGCCAGCUCAUGUGAAUAAACAGUUGUAUCAUUUUCAUGGGAUUUAGAAAGCCAAUUGCAAGUAGCUGAAAUGUGAAGUGACAAGUUGUUACUAUGGUAGAUUUCCAGAUAGGAAAAGAUUGUUAAAAACAGAAUAUACAAAUGGCAUAGUCUUCCUGCAAAAAGACGACCUUAAUAUAAUGGUACAGAAUUUUGGUACUUGCUUACAAAGUGUUCAAAUAUCUAAAUGUAAGUUUUGCAUGUGAUCCAGCACACAUGAAUGUUUAAAGGAUUGCAAAGAAUUAUCUAGACCUUAUAGCUGAGACCUUUCAUACAUUCAAAGGUUCAUAGGUAAGUACUAGAUUAGCUGCCCUUGUUGGACAUUUUAUUCCUAGCCAGUUUUGCAUUUCGUGUUCAGAAUAACCUAUUCUAUUUGGUUAUAGAUUGGCCUUAACCAUCCCAUGGUCAAUAAUUAUAUAUUACAACUAAUGUGAAUAAUUGGGAUCAUACCUUAGAUAUUUUGAGGGGACCUAUGAUUGUGAUAAAUUAUUUAGGAAUUGCAUCUGUCCAUUAGUAGCACAGGAAGCAGUCCUGGAGUACAUUUUCUGUUUCC